GUUUGGUAAACAGUGGCGACAGGAGCACCCUGUGCGCGCGCAUUGUGGCGCGGGUAUAAACGCGGCGCGCGCGCUGCCCCGGCACCAGUCGCAGCCGCGCCGCGCCUCGACAUGAUCGCCUUCAAGAACACUAUCGUCUACUUCCUGCUCUUCUCAGUCGCCGUGCUAGGUAAACACAAAAAGAUGAAACCGAAGAAGUUCGUUUCGCCGACCACGAAGGGCAUCCAGUGUUACAACUGCCUAUCGUUCGACCACCCGGGCUGCUGGGACCCCGACCACCCCGACUACGCCAACAUCACGGUGCCCAACAUCGACUGCUACAUCCCCGGCAUGGCGUUCCUGUGCAUCGUCAUCACGUCGGAGUCGGCCAAGCUAGUGGAGACGGGGCAGGAGAUAGGCCCGGUGCGCGCGCGGACGUGCGUGCCCGCCAAGGACUUCUCCAAGAAGACGGUGUCGUACUCGAUGUGCAGCAAGCUGAGCAAGGAGUUGUCGGCGUCGGAGAUAUUCUCGCGUAUCGCGGUGUCGCGGCCGCAGUGCACGCUCUGCAAGAAGCACCUGUGCACGGACGCGUCGCACUGCUAGCGGUACAAUGGGAGCGUGUUACGCAACGUGUUUAAUCGACUACCGACCAGUUUCCAUUCUAAGAAAUGCAAAAACGUAUAGUACUUUGUUGUUUUGAAACUAACACACCUUGUUGAACUAAUUGGAGUUGUUGGGGCAAGAGACGCGCGUUUCGAUUGUUUUUUUUUUAUAUUUCAAUUAUUUUAAUAAACUUUUAAGAUUA